UGAAAAAUUUUUCGACGUUCGCAGCAGUCUCGGAGUGUCGCAAACAACAAGCUGGUGAACAAAUUUCGGGCUCCGGGAAAAUCCGUGCGUGUAACCUCCGGUGAUCGUGAAAAGUGACCGCGGCGGGAGGGUCCACACAGUUGUGGUCCCGGAACGGCGCUCCGCUUCGGAACUCCGAGUGGGAACAGAAGAAGAAGACGAAGCAUAGUGCGUUGCAUCACGGGGAAAACCCCGAGGAAAAUCCUUCCAUUUCAAAGGACACACUCCACCGCAAAGAAGGAUCCAUCGCGGUAAAGGGAAGUGAGGGUCCAGACGGGGUGAAUAGAGAAAACUUUCUCCUCGGUGAAAAUCUGUGGCGUGUAAAAGUGAAAAAAGCAAGAAGAAGUAGUGCAAAAAAUUGUUACAAGUGUGACAAACGGAGGCAGCAGUGUUGCCAGCCAGCCAGUCGUCCUUCGAGACGAAGAGGGUUUUGGAAAACAUCGGGGUUAAAACAACAAAAAUAACAACAAGAGCAACAGGGUCCUGGAGAGGGUGGGCUAAAACGGCACUGACAGGCCAGCAGCGCCAGUCAACUCUACCGCACACAAAUACACACGCAGAGAAGCCAGCUUUUUGCCCAAAAGAACAUAACCUCGACGGCGACCCGUGCCACCCCUUAUGGCAAGGGACGACGACGGCUGCCAGUGAAUUCGACUGUCGUGCUGUGUGUAGGGGCAACAUUUUCAAAAAAGGAAUUAUCUCAUCAGAGCCAACGAAGAAAGACACAGACAGACAAAAGUUGCAUCGCCGGGGCCAAUCAUCAUUAUCAACAUUUGCAUAAAUUGAGCAGUGACCGCGCCGCCGCCACCGCCAUCCCACCUGCCGCAGCCUCCGCCUCCGCCGCCGGAUAAUGAAACAGAUCAAUGUCGCCGUGGUCGGUGUUUCCGGUGUCGAGAAGGAGAAGGGUCAGCUGGGCGUGGGCAAGUCCUGUCUGUGCAAUCGGUUCGUGCGGCCAAAGACCGACGAUUACGCCAUCGAUCACAUCUCGGUGCUGAGUCAGUCCGACUUUAGCGGCCGAGUCGUCAACAAUGACCACUUUCUGUGGUGGGGAGACGCACGCAAGACGUCCGACGAGGGCGUUGAGUACAACUUCAGCGUGGUCGAGCAGACCGAGUUCGUGGAUGAUGCCACCUUUCAGCCGUUUAAGGUGGGAAAGAUGGGGGAGCCUUACACGAAGCGGUGUUCGGCCAUUCGGCUGAGCUCGCAGGAGAAGCUCAAGUACAUUUGCAAGAACCAGCUGGGGUUGGAGCACGAGUUCGAGGAGAUCGUACUGCCGGAAGGGCGGUUCGUAGUAGAUGGAUUCGUGUGCGUGUUUGAUGUCAGCAUUGUGCCGAACCGAACGGUCGAGAAGCAGGUCGAGUUCGUGACGCACAUCAUCAACAAUGUCCUGAAGAACAAGAAGCCGGUCGUGCUGGUUACCACGAAGAACGACGAUGCCAGCGAUUCGUACAUCCGGGAAGCGGAGAAAAUCUGCGCCCGGAAGGAGUACAAGGGACAGAUCGUUAUGGUGGAAACGUCCGCCCACGAGAGCAUUAACAUCGACCAGGCCUUUAUCGUGCUCGCCCAGAUGGUCGACAAGGCGAAGCAACGCUCCAAGAUCGUAUCGUACGCGGAAGCGGCCAAACAGCGUACAGACCUGCUGAAUGCAAGCUCCGAGUACGUCACACGAUUAAUCCGCACGCAAAUCACCGACCAUCGGUCGAUCUGGACCAGCUCCUCGAAGAAACUCGCCAACCACAAAGAGUGGAACGACUUCCUAGAGUUGUUCGGCCAGGAAGCCGGUCAGCGCAUCUUCCGGCGGCACAUCAAGAAGCUCCGCGAGGACUACCAAGCCAAGAAGCUGCAAAGCUACAUGGACUCGUUCGCGUGCGUCCUGCAGGAAAUCCUGCCCGACAUGAACAGUAUUAACAUGGAGCUGGAGACGUUCAGCGAUUGGCAGCUGAUACGGAACUACUUCCGGAACCACGUCGAGUACGAGCAGUAUUUCUUUGACGCCGUCGAGCGCGGUGGCAGCUGGGCCGAACUGAGCGACAUGAGCGAUAUGGAGGACGAAAGCCGGAUACCGUUCGACAUCCUGGACACUCCGGAAGCGGAGACGGUGUUUAAGAACCACAUGAACGCCCUGCAGCAGGAACAGAAGCGACUGGAAUGGAAGAAGCAGUUCAAGAAGCUGCUGGAGGAAACCGGCUACGUGACGCCGGGCAAGCAGCUUUCGGAGGUACGCGUGCUCUUCAUGGGCCGCGAGUGUUUCGAGGCGCUAUCCGAGCACGACUGCCAGCAGAUCUACGACAACCACCAGCGCGAGCUGAUCGAGACGGCCAAGCACAACUUCCAGGAGCUGCUGAUGGAGCACGCCGACCUGUUCUACCACUUCAAGAACAUCGAACCGUCGGGGACGAUCACACAGAACGACAUCAAGGAGAUAACGGACGUGCUGCAGGAGGAUCUGCGGUACAAGCUGCUCGAUCGGCUCGAUCAGGACCGGAAGCUGAUGCUGUUUCAGCAUCUGGGCUUUGUGCACUGCCCCAUCCGGGAGCACUGUCCGGCGUUCCCGAACUGUAUGGAUGCGCUGAUCGAGCGGAUACUGCUGGCGAAUCAGAGCCUACCAAACCCCCGCUUCGCCCAGAAAGAUGGUCAACUGCAGCUGAACCUGAUCGUGAUUGGGCUGGACUACAUCGCAAACGACUUCAUAGACAAGGUGCACCAGCACUGCAACGACAACGGCGAGUACAUUGUGGACGGGCAGAUCUACGGGCUGAGCAUCGAGACGAUCAACCGGGAGAACGAUUCGUUUUCGUUUGAUCUCGCGUCAGGGUUGAUCUGUUGCUACUCGAACCGGCAGACGUUUACGUACAUUUACGAGAUACUGGAUCGGCUGCUGCUGGACAACAUCGACUUUAAGGACAGUGUAAACAACCUGCACAUUGUGUUUAUGAGCGACGAGAAGAACAGUGAGAGCACGUUGCAGGCACUGCAGAGCGAUGGACAGUCGUUGGCGGAGCGGUUACAUUGCGUGUUUAUCGACGAGAAUGAGUUUUAUGCUUCCGGUCAGGAGACACGCUUUGUGGAAACCACGCUGAACAGUGUGAUCGACUCGAUUCCGUUUGAGGAUCUGAAGUACGGGAUGAACCUGGCUGAUUGUCCGGACUUGCGCAUCAUCAUGUGUAACUUCUGUGGAGAUCCAUUCUCUACGGAGAACAUGCUGAGUUCGAUGAUGAUCGAGCAGUCUUGCAUCAAUGCUGGCGAGCGGAACAUCAUUUUCGAGAUGUUGGGUGAUUCAAAGCGGCGCGUAGAACUUAUUCUGUCAUCGUACCACGGAGCGAACGCGUUCCGGGAUGAUCUGAUCCACGGGUUCAUCCUGCUGUACUCCAGCAAGCGGAAAGCUUCCCUUUCGACGCUGAGUGCAUUCUCGCUAAACAUUCCGAAUCUCCCGAUGCAGAUCGUUUCCGUUUCCGAGCAGGGUGGAGUGAACGCAUUCUUCAACAACGAAAUGGCCCAGAUGCUCAUCACCGAGGGUAACUCGAUCGCGGACAAACUCCGGGCGCACUUUGCCACCGCUUCCGACGAGGACAACCAGUUUAAGUUUGCCUCGUUCGCGCCCUUCCUUAAGGAAGUUUGGGACAAGAAGCCCGAGAUCGAGCACGCCUUCAACAUGGAGGAACCGCUCACAAUCGAUUCCGGCGAAGGCACGAUGGAACAUUCCAUGCAUCAUCACCACCAGCAGGCUCCGCAGCCUCCACCGCGGUACGAAAGCUAUCUGAUCAACGGAUCGGCAACGACGUACCGCAGCCAGCACCAACAUCCGCACGCACAGCAGAAGAUGUUGUUCGACAACCGAUCGGUCAACUCGCUCGACGAUCUGGACAACCUGAAGCAACACCAGCAGCAGUACUCCAACAUGUACUACUACGAAGACAGCAGUGAUUUUGACAAGGGUGGCAGUAACCAAGGCUUCCAGAUCUACCCGCCUCCGACGACGCCGCCAGAGCCGGCUCCACCAGAUCACUUGCUAACUCCUUCGUCGAUCCUGCGCCAACUGAAAGCCAACACCGUGUCGCAGUCACAGAGCAGCCUCGAGGAGAUCAACUCCGAUGUCAGUGGAUCCAAGGAUUCGAUCAACACAUACGACUCAGGUUGGUUAGACGACGGCUUCCUGAUUCCGAAGCAGGACAACAAGCACAACGAGGACAUGUGGAAGAAUGCCAACACGCACCACGCGUUCACAACAGGUAGGAGGCCCAACCAGAGUUCGUUCGCGAAGAAGAUCCGUCCGAAGGGACCGAGCCAAACGCUGAAGCAGCCGGGCAAGCUGAACCUGAAGAGUUUCGCCAUCGUGAACGAAGCGAUCGCCCGGAUGAACCUGGGCGGGGACGGACAGCAGGCAACGGGCGCCGGUGGGCAACCCAUGACCGAGAAGGAGAAAAAGAAAGCCAAAAAGCUGCUGCAGCAGCAGCUGGAGAACGCUCCACUUGCGGCACCGGAGGACGACAGCGAGGACUACGAGGACGAAGCCGGCUACGAGCAGAUCAACGAUGCGUUCAGCGAUGCGGUGAACAACGUGGCGAGUCAAUUAUUUACCACCUUUUCCGGUGGACAACGGCAACCGGUGGACGUUGUCGGCCAACAGCAACAGCAGCAGGCGUUGGCAGAUAUGGCCGGUGGCAAAGCCAAGCUGAGGCAGCGACGCGAGAAGGAGCAAACUUCUUCUCUGUCCACAGUAUUCAACAUUCCAGAGUACUCCGACUCGGAGAGUGAUUCCAGCUCGUUGGAGCGAAAGCGCGGUACGGACGGCUACUCGAAGAUCAACCGAAAGCCGCAAGCGCACAAGCGACACCGCAAGAAGCGCGCCGCAAUCCCGGUGCAACCGCCGAAGAUCCCGCUGGGUCCGUUCGGCGCGGGCGGUGGUGCCAGCGGAGACGGUGGCGUCGGACCUCCGAUGAUGGUAGGCGUUCCGGGAGGGGGUUCACUGGGCGCAGCGCUUGCAAUGCCCAUGAUGUACCAGAAGCUGAAGAACGAGAAGAACAUCGGGCUGGACAAGGACAAACAGGAGGACGAGUCCAGCAUUGACGUGUCUUCGCCGCGGGACAACAAUUCACCGAUUUUUGGCGUCUUGCCGAAGACGGGUGACCGGGAAAAGCUCAUCACCAAGCAGAAGAACUGGUUCGGCAAGGAGAUCGACAGCAGCAAGAGCAGCUCAAAAGAAUCAAGAGUCGGCGGAGGCCAAGAAAGCGGCCGCAAGGGCGGCCAAGACUAGCGGUAAAAACGCCAAAAUGCUCCGCCCGCGAUUCCGCAGCAACCGUCGCUGGCCAGCUUCAAGCAGUCGGACAAGAACCUGGUGCCGCUGUUUGUGGAAAAGUGUGUCAAAUUCAUCGAGCUCGAGGGACUCGACUCGGAGGGCAUCUACCGAGUGCCGGGCAACCGGACGCACGUCGAUCUGCUGUACCAGAAGUUUGAAGAAGAGGUCGACGUGGACAUCGAGAAGCUGGACAUUCCGGUGAACGCUGUCGCGACGGCGCUCAAAGAUUUCUUCGCCAAGCGACUGCCGGCCCUGUUCAGUGCCGACAUGAUGGCCGAGCUGGAGGAGAUUGCCGGAUCGCGGCCGCUGCAGGCCAUCAGCAGCAGUCUCAGCAUGGAGGUGAAGGCGGACCGAAGCUGCAGGUUGAUUUCGCUGCGCUCGCUGCUGGGGCGGCUACCGCCGAGCAACUUUGCCAUUCUCAGCUUCAUCUUCCAGCACUUUGUGAGGGUCUCCGAGAACUCCAAGCUGAACAGCAUGGACAGCAAGAACCUGGCGAUCUGCUGGUGGCCCACGCUGCUCCCGAUUGAGUUCACCGACAUGAUGCGGUUCGAGACGAUGCGGCCGUACCUGGAGGACAUCGUGCAGACCAUGAUCGACCAGUUUCCGUUCCUGUUUUGCGGCGAGGAAGCAUUCGUGAUGGUUUGAUGCGGCGCCGGCGGCGGAGUGACGAACGACGAUCGCGAGUGAGUUGUUGAUUAGUUGUUUAGUUUAUUCGUGUUUUUUAUUUGAUAUUUUUACGUUUAUCCGCGUAGCGAGCGAAGAUUUUAGUACUUUUGUUUUGUGGAUGAGAGUCGUCGGGAGCAAGAAAAUGCGUUUUGCAGUACGGACAAAUCUUGAGAGCAUUUUUAGGGUUUUGAGUUUUAACAAAGAGUGUUGCGUACAAUUUUAGCUAGGCAUUUAGAAAUCAAGUCAAAUGUUGCAAAUUUUAUCUUCGGUUAGCUUCCGGAAGAGGAAACCUUAACCCCCACUCUGUUCACACAGCGGAUGAACUCUAAACAGCAAGUGAAAAUAUAUAGUCGUGUAAUUAUAGUGUAACGCUUUACGAGAAGGUGAAAAAACAAAUGCGAUAUGGUAUGUUAGGUAACGAAAGAUGCUUAUAAUUGUUUAUGUCUUGUAAUUUCUAAAAAUGAAAAUUAAAAAAAACACGCAAUUCGAUCCAAAUGAAACGAGCAUGCAAUUGUGCUGAUAUUUUUUGUCCAUAAGUGGUAUAUUUAUUGCUUAAGAUGUCAAGCUUGAGCAGCAUCAUAUAUUUUUGCCCUUCUAGUUUGGUAUUUUGAAUUUUGCCCCACUAGUGCUGGGCUUUAAAGUUAAGGAUUCGCUACUUAUUCCAAACAGUAAAAAAAAACAAAACAUCAACAUUCUACAGAUUCAGAGAUAUUUUAGCUGGUUUAUCAGUGUAUUUGAGCAAAGUAUGAAACAAAUUGUAUAUUUACCUAUGUAUAUUUUUAAGCAACGGCAAUGCUCGAAUAGUAAAACAAACACACACACACAAACAAGUAAUCAUCGGAAUGUAGAAUGUCACUAAAUAUUACCGUAAGGAAAUUCAACAAGUUUGUGGUGAUAAACGUAUGUAAUAAUGGUUUUGUAGGCUUUAGUUUGACUCGUGACGACGAAUUGGAAUACGCUUGACCAGUGUUGCGUAAAUGUCCGAAUUUUAGCCAUCUUUUCAGUAGGUAACCCUUCUCUUUAAACUCCAUUUACCUUCUUAUGCUCUACCCAACAAUAAAUACUUCCAAAUCAAACAACUUUACGUUUUACAGUUGCAACUCAAAACCCAGCAUUUGACAGGUCGUUAUGGCUAAUAUUUACCCAAAAUUGGGUAAUUCUAAUGAUCGUGUAACCUUGCUCACCUUUGCUAUGUUUGCUUUGGUUGUUUGACAGAUCAAGGUAACCAAUGCCAAAGGUGCGCUAACAAGGCCUGUCAAACGGAAAGGUAAGAGCCACGCGUGUAAAACGCCAACUCAGACGCUGAGACUAACGAAACGUGCCAUCUUUUUAGAGUCCCAAACAACGAAUCCUUUUAUUAUAUUAUUUUUUCCACCCCUUAAAAAUUUCCUCAACGAGAGAGACUAUGAACUAAAUGACGCUUCCGUUAACGCGAACCUAUAGAACGCUAUAUAGAAUGAUUUCAUCCAACAUGAACACGUCCUUCCUUGUGUAGUAACUAAAAACAAAUAUUACUCAUUUACUUAUCGCAAAAAAAAACAUAUUUAUAGACACCACACACUAAACAGUGAUUGUAGAAACGAGUGACACAGUGAGAGACAGAGAGAGAAAGUGAUGCGCUUCUUAUGUAUUUUUUUAACGUUGGUUUACAGUUUUUAUUUUCUACAAAACGAUGAUUUUAAUUUGAUUAAAACACCGCAAAACUAGAAUGUAACGCAAACAAAAAGAAAACACACAUUACGAAGUAAGUGAAAAAAAAACAAGUGUGAAGGCAAACAAUUCUCCGUUCUUUAGAUAGCAAGUAUUUUUUAACAAAUGAAAGAGCAGCGAGCCGCGCGAGAAUCCCGUAGAAUUUACCAAUUGAAGCAAAACCAGAAUUAAAAGGCCUGGUAAAAUCUAGUGUGCGUUGGAUUAUUAAUGAAGAAAAAGGAAACAAGUGCAAAACUUUAGCUCGCGCAGGUGCGCGGGGAGUCAUAAGAAACGAAUCAAUUACGUGAAACCAAAACAAAGCAUAAACACUGCAUUGAAAUAAAAAAUUAUUGCAAAACAAAUAAGAGAAAUACUAAAAAACAAACAAAAUCGUGUUAAAUGUGUAUAGGUGUAUAAAUAAAUCGUCAAGUUGAAAAUUUUUAAAUCAGCAUCAAAUAAAAACAAAAACAAACACAAAUGAAAUGGCAAAAUCUGUGAACUGUGUGUAGAAAAAACGUUCGGUUUUGUGUUGCGUAAUUUUGCGACCGAACGUGGUUGAAGUUAUAAACGAGUAGAAAAAAAAAACUCAUGAUUCCAAGUCCUAAUUUGAUCAAUGUGAUAUUGUAAACGCAUAGAAGGUACACACACACUCACACAGACACACACACACAAAGGGCGCGGUGAAAUGGAGAAAAAAGCUUAUGCAAAGGCCAAAAUCAGAUCAAAAAUAGUUUGAAAAGCAGUUCGGCAGAAUUGGGAUACAAAAGCUUGAGAGGUUAAUGGACUGAACUUGAAAAUUUACUUUGAAGAAAAAAAAUCGAGAUUGAAUUAGAUUAUAUACGAUUGUAGGUACUCUCAAUUUCUUCAGAUUUUCCAUUUUAUUAUUUUUUUCAAAGAACCAAUAAAACACAAUUGAAAAAGAAAAUUGAAUCCAUUUUAUAAUUGAAGAUCAUGUUUUGUGAUUUCACAUUUCUCCAGAUUAUAUUUAUUUAAAAUUUAUUUAAAAAUUGUUCUUUUCGCGUCAGCGUGUAAAACGAAAACAAAAAGCUGUCAGUGACAACAUGUCCCCAGUCAAAUCAAUCCGGAUUCUGAAACGGAAUUUGUAUACGAUUCUAAUUAGAUUCCGUUUCAGAAUUCGGAUUGAGUUAACUGGGUCACUUUUCAACUACACGGUUAUGCCGAACGACUAAUUUUGGACUUUUUCUCAAAUUUCCUCUACGUUGAACCUAAUUGAACCUAUUUGAAGAUGUGAAUUUGGAAUGUUUUUUUUUCAAUCUUUAUUUUUUUUUAAUUUUAUGGUUUUGUUUUCAUAAUGAUUGAAAAUUAAUUGCUUGCUACAUACGUUUUAUUCAAUUGAUGUAUGCAUUGUUUUUAGAAGUUAAAAACAAUUUGUUUUAUUAUUUCAGAAAACGUAAAAAUGUUGUACAAAAUUGAACGAACUUUAAAGAAAAACAAAAAAUCUAGAAAUGAGUAUCCAUGUGUAAGAAAACCCGAGACGCCAUGUGUGUUAUUCUUGUAGCUUUUUAUGACAAACAAAACUGAACUGCUUGUGUAAAAUGUAUCGUGAUGUUAAAAUCAAAACCAAAAUUAAGAAAACAAAAAUCGCAAAAUGCUGCAACCGACAACGCAAACGCACACACGCCGAUCAAAUUGGUUCUUUCAGUGCAAAUGUAGUGUGACAAGAAAGAGAAAGAGAGAGAAAUAGCGAAAACCCUAACCUCUGAACUACGAGGAGCAGUAACUGAAAACUAUAGUGAUUGUGAUUGUAACGUAACCCAUCUCACGAGAAUGAUUUUCCUCCUCAGUAAACUCAGAAAUUUGAAGAAAAAAAAUCCCACUCGGUUAGAAUGAAUAGAAACAGAGAAAAUCCUCACAGAAAGAACAAGAACAAGUUACCGCAAACGAUAAAAUCAGAAUGUAAAACGGAAAAGUAAAUAUUUUCACAGGAACUGAAAGUUUUGCACCCUCUCCAAAAUCAUCUCUUUAAAAAAUAAAGAUAUUGGUGUGAUAUACUCGCCAUCCGGAACGAACACAAAAACGACGGCCAUUCUGUCCACCAAAACAAGAUGGCGGCCAGGUUUGACAGAACACAAGCGCAAUAGCAGGGCAGUUUGCGUGAAACACCCAGAUCAGUAGUAAUAGUGGAACGACAAAUGAAAGUACUAUUUAAUACUGAUAAACCAAACAAGUUGUAAAUUCGUGUCUUGAUGCAACCAAAAUCUCGGUUUAAAAAAUAUUGAAAAGAUAAAAAACGCCAAAACCAAUGAAGCUCAUUGUUUUCUCCCCUUGUCAUCGUUUUUGUAAGCAAUCGGCUAGUUGUUCUGAAUAAACAAAAAAAAGUAGCAAAACACCUACACCUUACACAUAAACACACAUACACUCACCCAAGAAUGUAAACAAGCAUUGGUUAGAGUAAUAAAAGAAACUUGUCCUCUUCCCCUAAUGAAAUCUCCUCGGCAUGAGCACCAGCGAAGCCAAGAGGUCCUUCAUUUUUCCUUUCCAUCGUUUGUGCACAAAAAACUAACGAAAAAAAUGUCACAAAAAUGAGUAAAAAUAAACUAAAUGUUGUUACACUCUGUAUUCUAGAAAUUACGAAUGAAAGAAAAGAAUAAAAACCUUAACAAAAAAUCGAUGUAACACGAGUUGGCACACUUUUCUCUAACAGUUUCCGUUUUUUCCCUAAAAUAGUGCGCGUUUGUUUAACGUGAAAAGGUUGCGGAAUUCAAUUAUCAAGAGUUAAAAAAAAAGCCAAAAACACACUCAAAACAACAACAACAAAAAACAACUAGAUAGAAGCGACAUUAAACCGAACAUGAAAAAAUAAUAAACAAACAAAAGAAAUCCCCCGUCAAAAAAGGAAACAUUCUGUUAGUUGUUCCCCCCGCGCAAAGCCAAGAAAGUUCUUGUUUUUUAUUCCAUCCAACCGACUUGAACAAAAACGAGAUUAACAUGUGCGGCAGCAGCAGAGAAAGAGCAAGGAUCUAGGCGAAGCAAAAAACAAGAAUCUUCUUUACUUGCUAGCUUUUUGUAAGACGUUUUUAACAAAAUGGAAGAAAAAUCGCAAAAAAAUGAACAAAACUAGUAUUGAAUGUGUCAAAGCAAAAAAAAAA